AUGAUUCUCUCGUACGUGUAUCUCUGCUUGUACUCACCCUUUUUUCCCAGUCUUCAAAAAGGACCGUAUCCACCGCCUCAACCACAAGUCAAGUCACUACCGGAAGCAGCAGACCAGUUAUCAGUAUCAUCAGUACCCUCGGAUGAUGCAAUAUUGGCGUCUCAGACCCAAUCCAUUCGUCUUGAGGAUCUCCUCGGAGGAAAAGAUGCCAAGGACGCGCGGGACUCGGACUCGUCGUCAUCUGGUGUUCCAGUGUUCACGGAGCAGGAUCGUACAGGUGCGUCAAUUCUCAAUGCCCUGUUUCGUGAAGCUGCAUCACAUGCAAACCCAGAAGAGCUAGGCUCGUUUCAACGAAACCCGAGUGCGCAAAAUCCACAAUCGUCAGAGUACGUUGCGCCGUCGGACAAAGAUGCUUCAGGCCAUGCUUCUUCCGAACAAAACACUGCGCCGUCUUUCACAAGUGAGCCAAGCACUGACCAGCGUGCAAGUGCACCAUCUUCUGGGUCAGCGACCGACGAGGGAAGCCUUUCGAUGGGCAAGUCAAUCGACUUGAAUGACCUAUUUGGCACUUCUGUCCAAUCCCAUCCUGAUCCCACCGCAGAUAUUGACCCCUUGGAAUUCCAGGCUGUGGAUGAUCUGCAUAAUAGCAAGCCAACAGCGUCUCCACCAACAGCAGAGCAAUUGCCUCCGAUACAAUCCGCUUCAAAGACACAUCGUCCAUUACAAGAUGCUGUGCCGCCGGAAUACGUGGUUGAGCGUCUGCCUUACGAGCGACUAACUCGCGCUGAAUUUGUGCAAAAACUCAUUGUGCUUCUUUGUGUACGUUGUCGACAUACAACCUGCUGCAGGAAUAAAAUAAAAGGAAAUUAA